UGGGGGGGGGGGGGGGGACGAGAUGGAAGGGGGGCGAUGACACCGAGUGCGGCGCGGCGGGAUGCGGACGAUCUGCGACGUGUGCGAGAGCGCGCCGUCGGUGCUCUUCUGCGCGGCCGACGAGGCCGCGCUCUGCCGGGCCUGCGACGAGAAGGUGCAUAUGUGUAACAAGCUUGCUAGUCGGCAUGUGAGAGUGGGGCUUGCGGACCCUAAUAAAGUUCAACGCUGUGAUAUAUGUGAAAAUGCUCCUGCCUUCUUCUACUGUGAGAUAGAUGGUACAUCGCUUUGCCUUAGCUGUGAUAUGACUGUUCAUGUCGGUGGCAAACGAACCCACGGGAGAUACCUUCUCCUAAGGCAACGGGUUGAAUUUCCAGGAGAUAAACCAGGCAGUACAGAUGAUGUGGCAAUGCAACAGAAUGAUCCUGAAAUCCAGAUUGAUCAAAAGAAGUCCCCUCACUCGGUCACAAAGGAGCAAAUGGCGAACCAUCAUAAUGUUUCUGAUGAUCCAGCCUCAGAUGGCAACUGCGAUGACCAGGGUAACAUCGAUUCGAAAAUGAUUGAUCUUAAUAUGAGGCCUGUCCGCACUCAUGGGCAAGGUUCGAAUUCACAGACUCAUGGUGUGGAUCUUAGUGUCAACAACCAUGAUUCUCCCGGAGUGGUGCCAACAUGUAAUUUCGAACGAAAUGCCGACAAAUAAAUACUGGAACACCAAGGAUGUACAUUUCUUCAAUCGCUGCUUUAUAGCAGCUCACUGGGAGCUUGGGUUAGCUUUUGGCCUCAGUUGCCGGGCAGAAUAUGUGUUAUUACAGGGACCUCUUGUGUCGCUGGUACGAUUCUAGUAGAGAUGAAGUUAAACGAGUCCAUUUAUCGUCGUGCACUCGUGUUGUGGUUGUCAAGACUCGUGUGACAUGUCCAUAUGGAAGCACGGUGGCUGUCACUUGUGCUUUUGUGGAUUGAUGCUGUAUGGUAUUAGAAACUGUACAAAAGAUUAAAUAGACCGAUCAUUUUUCUUUC